AUGGGCCUGUUUAGCAACAAAAAGAAGGCAGCUAACCGAGCUGAAACUAGGAAUGUGUUCCAGCCCUUUGCUAUGAGCAGGAGGCUCAGCAACAUUGUCGAAGAAAACGACUCGGAUCUUGACAAUGACGCAGGAGCUGAUCUGAAGCGUAAGAAUGCAAAUAGCAACUCAAGAAACAAUACACCGAAAAAGAAGAACACUCCUAGUCGACGCAAGCAGCGUUUUCAUCGCCUCGUGGAGUGGGACUAUGGCGACGUCAACCAACCAGAAAACUACCAGCCACCCAAGGAUUUCUUGCACGUUCAAAGAGAGCGAGAAAACCAAUUCUUUCAGGAGGGUCCCCAAAAAGGUGAAAUGGUAGAGAUCAAAAAUGCAAUGACUCUGGAAGAUGCAAUUAAGGCCAGCGAAAAAAAGGUGAAAGGCAAAAGGAAGAAGAAUCAGGGCACUGGUGGGACAUUGAAGAUUUUCCAGUUUGCUGCAGAUACCGCAUCCCUGAGCAAAUCAUGCUCUUCUGAGUCGAGUGUCUGUAGCUCUGUUGCUUCUAACUCGGGAGCCCAACGUCCAACUGUGGAAGAUAUGAAGGUGAGUAGUAAUGAUCCUGCGGCAUUUCCUCUGUUGCAAAGCUCUACGACGACAAGUUCUUUGAGCAAGAGAAAUCCGGUGCUCCCGCAAGGAACGCCUAGUCGUAAUGACAGCGACAAUGACAGCAACGUCGUCAACACCCCUUCUGAUAAAAGGCCAUCGAAAAUUCCCAAGCUCAGCGCGCCACGCACCUCUACCGGUACCGCCCGAAGCUUGUUUACCCAUGGAGGUGCGUCCCCUCAAGUCCAACCAAAGAAACGGCCAGUUGAGCAAUCAGGUCGCGCAAAGUUUCCAGAAAACAACAGUGGGAACCGCAAGGCUUCUGAUGCGUCCCCUCAAGUCCAACCAAAGAAACUGCCAGCUCAGCAAUCAGGUCGCGCAAAGUUUCCAGAAAACAUCAGUCGGGACCGCAAGGCUUCUGAUGCGCCCCCUCAAGUCCAACCAAAGAAACUGCCAGCUGAGCGAUCAGGUCACGCAAAGUUGCCAGAAAACAUCAGUGGGGACCGCAAGGCUUCUGAUGAAGAUUUUCCGAGGCCCAAGUUCCUCGCCUCGGAGGGUCCCACUAGUGUAGUGGAGUCUGAUGCAUUUGUUGGCUUUUCUUCCGAAACGCCCUCCUCGACUGGACAAGCCUCGUUCGGUGACUUUGGUUGGGCCGUUGCCGACCCUCAGGUUCUGCCUGAGCCACAGGUGAUUGUAUCCGAGAAAAAGCAGGACUUGCCGACGCAUUUUGAGCUGGUGAAGCACGGUCGUGAAGCUGGCAAGAAGGGUGCAGUGGACGGUUUCGCGCCGGUUCAAGACGAGUCCCAUACCAGUACCACCGGUGGCGAUUUCAAUCAAGAAGAAGUUGAUAGCAGUAAGGCUGCUUAUGCCGAGUCGCAAAGGCUUAUCGAAAAGUCGCAAGCCCUUAUCAACGAUACCAAAGCUCUAUUUCGACAGAGAAACGUUAGGAUCAGGGCAGAAGGAGGAUCGGUCUCCCCGAAAGAUGAUACUCAACGCAACAACGUCGUCAGAUGGUCGCAGAAUCAGCCAAAGGCAGAAGUGGCAGACUUCCAGAAUACUGACGAAGCUCCAAGCCCUUUCAAAGAAAACGAGAAUACUGGCCCAGCCGUCUUUGACAGCAAGGAUAUCUUUCGCAGCAAAAAGGUAAAGUUCGAAAAGAAGAUAUGCAGCCCUUUGAUGAAGAUCCCAUCGAAUGACAUGGAGCCAUAUGGACGAAUAAGGAUCACAACAGAUGUGAAGGCUGCGCCUUAUGAAGACGGUGUAAAGUCACAGUGGCAAACAGCUCCGGGCUUCACAAUUCCCCCCAAAAACAAAGAGGCUCAUCGUGAUGUUAGUUUUCGCUUUGAGUAUGAAAAUGAUCGGUCAACACGAAAACAGAGGGAUCCUCAUCAACGAGUCAAAACGUCCGAUUUAGCUACUCGUCGGCAAGAGCAAGAAACAAGCAGACAACAGCAGCUGAAUAAAUGGGGUAAGGAGGCAACUUCCUCUCAACUCGGGGCGGUGCCGAUGAUGAGUCCAGACUCGAUGCAUCUAUUCAUCGACAAGGUAGAUAGCGUCGAUGAUGGCUCCAUCAACAAGAAGGGUUCUUUCGCGUCUACAAUCGAUUCCGCAGAUUCCGAUAGCACAGCCACAUCCGUCAGCACAUUCGUGGAGUCAUCGCCUAGGGGCAUCCGUGGAAGCUUUCCUUCUCAAAUGAUGCACUCGUCGUCGUCGCUUUCAAUGUCUACGGCUUCCACAAGCAUUAUGAACGACGCUGACUUUUUCAACAAGGCCUCGACAUCGUCCAAUGGUGGCCGCCCGCCUACUGGAAUCCCACCAACGUCAAUUUUCGGUUCCAUGUUGUUUCAAGCAGGAGACAACGACACCCGUGCAUCUCAAUCUGUGUCGAAAUCGGUGUCCAAAUCGAUUUCUUCCAACCGAGACUCAGCUCGCGGCGUUCCACACGACAUCCAUGCCCUUGGCGACGCGGCUGUUUCCGACGUAACGGGUAGCACGGCUGCUUCGGAAUGGAUGAUCCAAGGCAACAAGUUGCUUAAUCGUUACUACCACAAUGGCACCGGAGGAUUGAACCAGAAGAAGCAGAAGCUCAGCCGCCAACUUCGCAAGAGAGAAGAACAGAACCUUCAAGAGUACCAGAACAUGAUGCUGAGCAUCCAGAGAGACCGCCGAUUGCAAGCACAGAGGCGCCCGAUCAACGGCUUUGUAUCAGACUUCAACCAACGCAACGACCCCUUGGACAAGAUGCGCCGCCACCAACAUAAGUUUCAGUAUCCCAAUCAGAACAAUCAAUCCGGUUUCGUGAACCAGGAAGAAGACGAUAGCAGUACACUGUUCGAAGCUUGA